UUCCGGUUCAAUUCGUUCGUCCCUUGUGUAUCAUGGUUUCACGACAAGAAAGUAUUGGUGUUGGAAGGAUUAAGAAACGUGUUUCUAAGAAAAAUAAAAAGUCGUGGAGAAAAUAUACAGAUAUUAAAGAUGUUGAUUCCUUCCUGGAUGAGAAAAGACUUGAAGAACGUCUUGGAACUCCGUUUGCCGACCGACAAGAUCAUGAAUUAUUCCAGAUCGACAAAGAAGCGGAUGAAGGUCAGAAGGCCGAUUUGGUUGUACGUCUAAAGAAACCACAGAAACCAAUAAAAUGUUUUGCUAUUCUUGAAGAACGUUCUGCAGUACCGGACCCAAUAAAGAAGAGAAACCGAGUACGAACACCAGAGGAGAGAAAGCACCCAUUAGCUAAGAAAAUUAAAGCUGACAGGAAAGAGCAGGGUAUUCUCAAGAAGAAGGAAGUUAUUGCUCUCAGAAACCGAGCUCUAGCGAAGGCAAAGAAAAACAACAAACCAAAGAAGGGAGAAUUCAAUGCUGAUUUAUGGGAAGAUACUGAUAAUGGAAAUACUGUGGAUCUUGAUGUUGAAUGGUUGACUCCAACAACAAAAUAUCACAUGUUAAAGCAUACUGGAAAACUGAAAAAGAAAAUGCCUGACAAAUUCUUGACAAAGCCAUACGAAAUCCCUGCAGUGGAAUCACCCCAUCCUGGUAUGUCUUACAAUCCAUCUUAUGGAGAUCAUCAGAACCUGUUACAAGAAGUGGCCAAUAAGGAGUUGAUACUCAUCAAAGAAGAAAAACAUCUGAAGCGUGUAACUUCCAAAAUGUUUUCACGUGUUACAGAAGAUGAAAAAGAGAGUAUGAGGAUGAAGGAAAUGUCGGAAGGUCUUCCUGAAGCAGGUGAAGACAAAUUAAAACAGAAUUUAGAUGAGGGAAGUGAAACUGAUAGUGACUACAGAGCUAUAAAUCCUCCAGCUAAAAAUAUAAAGAAGACAUUAAAGAAGAGAAGGAAUAUGAAGGAAGCCAAGAAAGAACAAAUUCAGCACAAAGAAAGCCGUUCAGAGAAGAAAAAAAAUUCUGAUAUAUACAGAUUGAAAUUACUGAACCAGGAAUUAGAGGCCAAGGAUAAGAAGCUUGCAAAACUCAGAGAAAAAAGAGAGAGAGUAAAAGCUAUUAAAGAAAAGGAACCAAAGCAGUUAAGCAAAAGAAAAUUUGAACCCCUAGAUCUGGAAUUUAAUUUAGGAGAAGAUUUGAAGGGAAAUUUACGGAGUGUCAAGCCGGAAGGGAAUAUCCUUGAGGACAGGUACAAGAGUUUCCAGAGGAGAAAUAUCAUCGAACCUACCAUCAAGCAGAGAACAAGGAGAGCGAAAGUUAAGCGAUAUGAAAGGAAGAGCCAUAAAAUGGGAUGGGAAACAAAAGGUUAUUAAUGACCUAACAUUUUGUGAAUUUGUAAUAAAUGUUAUGGAUGAAA